CAAGUGCUAGCUUGCUCAUCAUGCUGCAAAGCAUGUGGCAGGAGGUGAAAGCUAACCACCAACAACAGCAAGCUAGUUUUCAGGAACAAAGUGCCAGGAGUGCUAAGUUAGAGGAGAGUCUCCAGGGCACUAGUGCUAAGUUAGAGGAGAGUCUCCAGGGCACUAGUGCUAAGUUAGAGGAGAGUCUCCAGGGCACUAGUGAUAGGUUGGAGGAGAAUCUUCGACAGCAAUUAGACAAACAACAACAAGAACAGAAUGCUAGGCUGGAGGAAGGUCUCAGGGACACUAAGGAGUCUAUUAAUAACACUCUUCAAAAGGAAAUGAGUGAAGUUAAGAGUAGUGUGUCUGCUAUUUCUGUACGGUUGGCAGAACACGAGAACUACACGGAGACACAGUUGCAGCUAAUACAACAACAAUGUAGCAGUACAACAACUAGGUUAGCAGCAGAGUUAACUACCCAGACUAGCCAGCUGAAUGACAGGUUAAAUCAAUUAGCUGAGCAAGCUGCUCAGAACAGCUGUAGUCUGGAAAAUAUACAAUCUACAUGCCAGACCAUGAUUGAAAAUGUAGUAAUCAAUCAUACCACAGACAUGAGGGAGCAGGUGGACACAUUAGUAAAAAGGCAGACAGAGUUUUCGAUGGACAUAGAGCAGCAGGUAGGCAAGCUACAAGAGAAGGUAUUGCAGUUGAGGGUAGACAAUCUUACUCGAACCUCCAGUCACCAUGUAGCAUUGGCCCCAGCCCUGAACACCAAUGCCAAUGAAAUCCUCAGUAGCUGUGAUUCACCGCAGGUUGAGCAACCUGAGCUCCCAAUCACACACUCCAACCCAGCUAACACACACACCACAUUGGACCCAGUUGCAGUGAUGCACCACCCGGCACGCCAAUGGUCAGAGGCGAUGCCUAGGUUCUCUGCUCAUGAAGGAGAGAAUCCAAUGAGAUUCCUUCGACGUUUCGAGGAAUACGCUGACAUGUUCAGGCUAAGUGAUACUGAACGCCUGAAAUGCAUGGCAACUGCACUGAGAGACCAUGCGUAUUACUGGUGGGAGGUAUUACAAAGUACCAUCACUUCCUACCAAGAAUUCAAAAGCCAUUUCAAACAGCAGUUUUGGAAUGUGAAAAUACAGGGAACACUGAGGGCACGUCUGCAUACCGAGCGGUAUGAUAGCAAGAAGAACAGAACUCUGGAGACACACUUGUCUCAAAUGUUCGAGAGGACGCGCUACCUCGAACCAGAGAUGGGUGAUAUUGAGUUCAUGGCGAUGGUGACCUCCCAGCUACCCAUCAAGUACCAAGUACAUUUGACAGGGCGUAGCUUCAACAAUAUCACAGAGUUCCGCGAACAGGUCCUCGCUUUCGACCGGCUGGAGCGGCUGUCCAGGAACAACAAUAGUGAGGUGGAGAAAGACCUCAAGCCUACACAUCAGAAGGCAGCACCACUCUACACACCCUGGCAGCGUGGUAACGACGGCGGCAAGGCCAACGUCCACUGCACGUCAUGGCAGCCUGCGAAACAGUACCGGACAGGGAAGUGGAAGACC